AUCCCGAGAAUCAGAACUCAGAUCCGCUAUUCAGGAUCCAUGGAGGGUUCCAGCACCCUUGACUCCCAAAAUCUCCUUGAUGAAGAAAAUAACAUAACCUCAACUACCACCACCGCCACAAAUUUCAAGAAACUAUCUAUCAUCCCUCUUGUCUUCCUCAUCUACUUUGAGGUUUCUGGUGGGCCAUAUGGUGCGGAAUCUGCCGUGGGAGCAGCCGGGCCACUUUGGGCUAUUUUGGGGUUCCUUGUUUUCCCUUUCGUUUGGAGCGUCCCUGAGGCCCUGGUCACAGCUGAGCUCGCCACCGCUUUCCCAGGCAACGGUGGCUAUGUCAUCUGGGCACAUCAGGCCUUUGGACCCUUCUGGGGUUCCCUCAUGGGUUCGUGGAAGUUUCUUAGUGGGGUGAUUAACUUGGCCUCUUACCCUAUUCUUUGCAUAGACUAUCUCAAGUUAGUUUUACCCCUUUUCUCUUCUGGGGUGCCUCGCUAUAUUGCUAUUUUGGUUUCAACUUUGGUUCUCUCUUUCUUGAAUUACACAGGUUUGGUUAUAGUUGGUUAUACUGCUGUAACUCUAGGUGUUGUUUCAUUGCUUCCAUUCAUAUUAUUGACUCUGAUUUCAAUUCCUAAGAUUAAACCCAGUAGGUGGCUAAGUUUAGGUCAGGAAGGAGUAGAGAAAGAUUGGGCAUUAUUUUUCAAUACCCUUUUUUGGAACCUAAAUUUUUGGGACAAUGCUAGUACUUUAGCUGGGGAAGUGGAGCAACCCCAGAAGACAUUCCCAAUGGCACUAUUCUCUGCUGGGAUGCUCACUUGUCUGAGUUACUUGGUGCCUCUUUUGGCUGCAACUGGGGCCAUAUCACUAGAACAAGAAGAAUGGACUAAUGGGUAUUUUGCUGUGGUAGCAGAAAUAAUAGCUGGGAAAUGGCUGAAAAUAUUCAUGGAAAUUGGGGCAGUUUUAUCAAUUAUUGGACUCUAUGAAGCACAGUUGAGCAGUUGUUCAUAUCAGGUUCUUGGUAUGGCUGAUUUAGGAUUCUUACCGCGAUCUUUUGCUACAAGGUCAAGGUGGUUUAACACACCUUGGGUGGGAAUUCUGCUCUCAACACUGAUAACACUAGCAGUUUCUUACAUGGAUUUCACCAACUUAAUUUCAAUGGUGAAUUUCUUGUAUAGCUUAGGCAUGCUGUUAGAGUUUGCAUCAUUCCUUUGGCUGAGGAGGAAAUUGCCAACAUUAAAGAGGCCAUUCAGAGUGCCAAUGCGAUUGCCUGGUUUGGUGUUCAUGUGCUUGAUUCCAUCUAUGUUUUUGAUCUAUAUAAUGUCUGUUGAUACCACAACAGUGUAUUUGUGGAGUGCUGCACUGACUCUUUUUGGGAUUGCUUGGUAUUUUGGAAUGAACUUCUGCAAGACCAAGAGGUGGAUUGAAUUUAAUAGCAUAGGAGAAAAAAGAGAUAAUGAGGAUCUGGAGUAGAAAUAGCUAGCCGUUCUCUGGAGGUGCCACUUCUACUCUAGUAUGGAAAUUGGCUUAGAAAAAAAUAUCUAAAAGAAACAAAAUUUCACCUUCGUCCUUCAAUUUAUUUAUUGAUAAAAAUGUAGAGUUUCUCAAUUGAGAUUGUUGAGAAACUUUAAGAGCAUGAGAUAAACACUGUAACUAUCGAACCAGCUCUACAUAUUUUUUAAGUGCUUGAGAUUUAAAGUUAGAGGUCUUAUGUUUAAAUCUUGAGUAGGGUAGGCAGAGAUUAGGGAAAAGGAGAGGGCUAUCUCCUUGUGAAUAGCUC